AUCUUCUUUCUCCCGUCAUCUUUCUACUGAUUCCCAUGUCAAUUUUAUAUUAUUAAGAAUUAUAAUUCCGUAAAAGUAGCCUUCCGCCCAAUUAUUGAUGCUUAACUACCUGCUUUCGCUGUGGACCCUUUGAUUCUUGCAAAUUGUAUCUACUUUGCUUUCAUGAAUACUGCCGUUUUUCUAUUACUACAAAUGUAGUCUUUCAACUGCAACCUUUAUUCCUUUGUAAUUUCAUUUUUUGACAUUUUAACGACCAAUUCAUCACCAAACAUGCCGUCGCUGGAUUCCGAAUCCAACUAUUGUUCAAAAAUUUUCCGAGCUUCUUUCAAGUCCCAGAGACGCAAUUCCGGUGAUAGGUUUUCUCAACUUGACUCUCCUUUGAUAGGCUCCAACCCCCACCAGCUUCAAUUGAAGCAGGAUGAAAUAAGAACAAGAGUGUCUCGUUCAAGGUGGAAGUACUCUCAAAAUCUCCUGGGUCGAAAAUACACACUCCUUUGCUGGCACAACAUGCAAAUCCACCCAAUUGAGCCAAGUGAAAAGCUCCAUGUCGAAUCACACCGUUGUUGCACACCAAUCCAAACAUCUGCGGGAUCACCGGGAAAUCGAGAAGCGGCAGCAAUGAGGCAACUGUUUACUGAUCCAACAGAUACAUUUUGGAGAAUCUCGGCAGAGAACCGUGACCCGCAAAAGCUGAACCUCUCCAACUCAUGGAGUUCUUGCAUGAACAUAAAUGAGAUCUCUCCUACUACUUUGUUGCAAGAAAGAUCAAGAGCUUGAAGAUUCUUUGCAAUAGUUCCAGGUAUAUGGCUACUAAGAUUGUUCUUGGAUGGAUCAUGAAUCCUCAAACUACUCAAAUGAGAGGCAUUGCUAGGAAUCUCACCAAUCAAAGUAGUUGUUGAUAAACUCAGAUGCUCUAAACCAGAAAGCAUAUUAACUUUCAAGAGCUCUUGCUCUUUC